AAAAAGAAAAAGAAAUCCAUCUUAGUCAAUGUUAUUAAUAUAUGGUAUAUCUCAAUGCUCAACGAGGUGUGUGAGCAAAGGAACAUUGGUGUUGCUGAGGCAGAGACAAAUAUCAAGGACGAUUGGUUCAAAGGAAUGGAACCAGUGAGUUCUGAGUCUCAGAAAUCAACUUUAGAUUCCAAACAUGAAUUGGCUAAAUCAGAAGCAAAAGCACAAGUGGUUCUUGAUGACAGUUCAGAGACAGAGCUCACCAAAAUCCGUCUCAUGAGAUCCUUUGUUGAAAGCCAAGAUCCCUCUUCUAAGGAUGUAGAUGAUUUGAUGAUUAGAAGAUUCUUGCGCGCUCGUGAUUUGGAUGUAGAUAAGGCUUCGGCAAUGUUCCUCAAGUACUUGAAAUGGAGACAUUCGUUUGUUCCAAAUGGUUCCAUAUCCCCGUCUGAGAUUCCUGAUGAACUUGCACAUGGCAAGAUGUUCGUGCAAGGACAUGAUAAGAAGGGUCGACCUAUAACUGUUGCCUUUGCUGCAAAACAUUUUCAAAACAAAGAUGGUGAUGCAUUCAAACGGUAUGUGGUCUUUGCUCUUGAGAAACUAUGUUCAAGGAUGCCACCGGGGCAAGAAAAGUUUCUUGCUAUUGCUGAUAUUAAGGGAUGGGGAUACGCAAAUAGUGACCUUCGUGGAUACCUUAAUGCUUUAGCCAUUUUGCAGGAUUACUACCCAGAGAGAUUGGGGAAGUUGUUUAUUGUCCACGCACCUUCCUUGUUUAUGAAAGUAUGGAAAAUUGUUAACACUUUCAUUGACAGCAAUACCAAGAAGAAGAUAUUAUUCGUGGAGAACAAAAAGCUGAAAUCAACCUUGUUGGAAGAUAUAGAUGAGAGUCAGAUCCCAGAGAUAUACGGAGGAAAAAUGCCAUUAGUCCCAAUCCAAGAUUCCUGAUUAAGUAAUCACAUGCGAACGAAAUAAGGAAGGGCCAACACAUAAUAAUUUAUUUUUUAUCAAAAAAAAAAAAAAAAACUUAUUUUUAUGUGUUUGGUUUCCAAUUUAUUUUUCUUCAAAUAAUUUCAACUGCUGUAUCAGCUGUUAAAUACAGAUUGGAGAUCUAUAUUUGGUCAGAUAUCUUAGCAGAUU